ACACCACUUUUAUGCUGCAACUCCCGGUCCAGUUAGUCAGACCGCCACAAAGGUCUUCAAAACGCAGCACUCGUACGGCCAAUGAGAGGAGGCCACGCAACCCUACUCGCUGCUUCAUUUCUCCUCCUCCUCCUCCUCGUCGCGAUACCGGCGGCUCACGGCGGAGGAGGAUUCGGAGCCGACGGCGGCGAUUUCUCCGGAGGAUACGGCAAACUUUCUGGAAUCAUAAUACCUGGCUUCGCGUCCACUCAGCUAAGAGCGUGGUCGAUUUUAGACUGUCCGUACUCUCCUCUCGAUUUCAACCCCCUCGAUUUAGUCUGGCUCGACACCACCAAACUUCUGUCUGCCGUAAAUUGCUGGCUGAAGUGUAUGAUGCUAGAUCCUUACAACCAAACUGAUCAUCCAGAAUGCAAGUCACGCCCUGAUGGUGGUCUUUCUGCUAUUACAGAGCUUGAUCCGGGCUACAUUACUGGUCCUCUUUCUUCAGUGUGGAAAGAAUGGGUUAAGUGGUGCAUCGAGUUUGGUAUUGAGGCUAAUGCUAUAAUUGCGGUCCCGUAUGACUGGAGAUUGCCACCUAACAAACUUGAGGAGCGGGAUCUUUACUUUCAUAAACUAAAGAUUACUUUUGAAACUGCUCUUAAGCUUCGUGGUGGGCCAUCAAUAGUUUUUGCUCACUCAUUGGGCAACAAUGUGUUCAGAUACUUUCUGGAGUGGUUAAAAUUAGAGAUUGCCCCUAAAAAGUAUGUCAAAUGGCUGGAUGAACACAUUCAUGCCUACUUUGCCGUUGGAGCUCCUCUUCUUGGAGCAACUGAGACUAUUAAGGCAACAUUGUCAGGAUUUACAUCUGGUCUCCCUGUUUCUGAGGGAACAGCUCGAUUGAUGUUCAACUCAUUUGGCUCUUCAUUGUGGAUGAUGCCAUUUUCGAAACAUUGUAGAGCAGAGAACGGAUACUUGAAACACUUCUCUGCUAGGAGCAAAAAGGGGCAUCACACUUACCAUUGUGACGACCAUGAGUUUCAAGCAAACUACUCUGGAUGGCCAACAAACAUAAUCAAUAUUGAAAUUCCAGCAAUUCGAGGUAUGAAAUGUGGUCUUGCAUCAUAUGAAACUUGUCCUUCAUUUGUAGGAGCAACACAGGUCAAUAUGUCUGACGCGGAAUAUGGAUUUCCGACUCUGUUAUCCUUUUCUGCUCGUGAAGUUUCAGAUGGUACCUUUUUCAGAGCUAUGGCUGAUUAUGACUCUGAUAGUCAAAGACUCUUGUACCAAUUAGAACAGUCAUAUCAUGGUGAUCCUGUUCUAAAUCCUUUAACACCAUGGGACAGACCUCCCCUGAGGAACAUCUUUUGCAUUUAUGGAACAGAUUUAAAAACUGAGGUUGGUUAUUAUUAUGCGCCGAGUGGAAAGCCUUAUCCAGAUAACUGGAUAAUAACUGAUGUCAUUUAUGAGUUAGAAGGAUCAUUAUAUUCCAGGUCAGGGAACCUGGUUGAAGGAAAUCCAGGUGCUGCAAGUGGAGAUGAGACAGUACCGUAUAAUUCCCUCUCUUGGUGCAAGAACUGGCUAGGAUCAAAAGUAAACAUAACAAGGGCUCCUCAGUCAGAACAUGAUGGUUCAGAUGUCCAAGUGGAUUUAGAUGUUGAACGUGAGCCGGAAAUGGAUAUAAUACCCAACAUGACAAGAUCUCCUAGAGUAAAGUACAUAACCUAUUACGAAGACUCGGAAAGUCUUCCAGGAAAGAGAACAGCAGUUUGGGAGCUUGAUAAAGCAAACCACAGGAACAUCGUCAGAUCUCCAGUAUUAAUGCGGGAGCUAUGGCUUGAGAUGUGGCACGAUAUUCAUCCCGAUAAGAAAUCCGAAUUUGUCACAAAAGCUACCCGCGGGCCUCUAAGGGACGAGGACUGCUAUUGGGAUUACGGAAAAGCUCGUUGUGCAUGGGCCGAGCAUUGUGAAUACAGAUAUCUUUUCGGAGACGUUCAUCUAGGGCAGAGCUGCAGGCUAAAGAAUUCUUCGGCUGACCUAUUGUUGCACUAUGUAUAGACCACGAUACAUAUAUCUCUUAAGGUGUCCCACAUAAAAAUGUAAGCAGAAAUUCCCUCGUUUCAGAUUUUGGAGAAAAUAACGCACACGAAAAAAGUGCGGAGGUACUUCUGUUGUUUAGACCUAUUGACCACCAGAAUCAGCAGCAUCAUGCAGGAUUAAUAUUUUGUAUUAAUACGUGGCAAUGUUCAUUUAUGAUUUAUUUUUUUUA